GAGCCAUAUGAUCAGUGGAAUCGAUGGUCAUUUUCCCUUCUCGCCCCUGGCCAUUCAGGCCUAUUACUUAUCUCAAACCAGUACUCCGUACAGCACAGCCGAACAGCUUUAAACAAAGAGUACAUAUAGGGGGAACAAUUUCUUGUUGCUUCCGCACCAUCAUACUUCAGGACAGGACUCAGCGUUAACGUCCUCUCCAACUCUUAACUCUCAUAUACGAUGUCGCACGGAAAACACGGCGCACCACCAGCUCACGGCGCCCCAGGAGGAUAUGGUGCUCCCCCGCCUGGCCAAGGCGGUUAUGGCGCACCUCCAGGGGGCGGAUACGGUGCCCCUCAAGGUCAAGGAGGAUACGGUGCACCGGCUGGAGGGUAUGGCGCACCAGGAGGCGGAUACGGCGGUGCGCCUGGCGGCGGUUAUGGUGCGCCCGGAGGAGGUUAUGGCGGAGCCCCUGGCGGCGGUUAUGGAGGACCGCCUGGAGGUGGUUAUGGUGGUGCUGCGGCUUAUGGUGGUCCUGGAGGCUUUGCUGGAGGUCCUCCCCCUGCUCCUCCUGCAGGAGCCGACCCUCAACUUUGGUCGUGGUUCACAUCGGUUGAUUUGGACCGAUCAGGGCACAUCACCGCGAAUGAGCUUCAGAAGGCGUUGAUAAAUGGAGAUUGGAGUCCAUUCGACCUUGAUACUGUCAAAUUGUUGAUGACAAUCUUCGAUACCGAUCGUAGCGGAACCAUUGGAUUCAAUGAGUUUGCUGGACUUUGGAAAUACAUCAAGGAUUGGCAAGGUGUUUUCAAGCACUUCGACCGCGAUCAAUCCGGCUCAAUAGACGGCAAGGAGUUACACGAGGCCUUGAAACAAUUUGGCUACAACCUUUCUCCUCAGCUUCUCACUCUGGUCGAAAGGAAAUACGACGUUGAGAAAGCCACUGCCCCUCCUGUCCCUGGAGCACAUGCGCCUCCACCUGGAAUCUCCUUUGAUCGUUUCGUACGCGCUUGCGUCGUGAUCAAGACCCUUACGGAGUCUUUCCAAAGGCUGGAUACCGACCGUGACGGCUGGGUACAGAUCAAUUAUGAUCAGUUCAUGCACACUGUUCUCAGUGCCCCUUGAGAUCUCGAGAUAUGACAACGAAGAUCAGUUUAUUCUUGGAACGUCUCAUUCCUAGUCAGGAAAGAUAUUCGAAUACACGUGUAGUUUCAAAUAGUCUCUAAUCCCUCAUUUGAAAUUUGUGUACUCUUAGUAAGUUUAUGUUUAUCGUUGCCCUGAGCCAUG